AUGGUCAAGAGAAAUUGCUCCUCUCUGGACGAAUUCAUUUUUUUGGGAAUUACCAAUAACCCUGAAAUGAAAGUGGCCCUCUUUACCACGUUCCUACUUGUUUAUCUCAUUAAUCUUCUGGCCAACCUUGGGAUGAUAAUCUUAAUUAGAAUGGACACUCAGUUGCACACACCCAUGUACUUUUUCCUGAGCCACCUCUCUUUCUGUGACCUUUGCUAUUCCACAGCAAUUGGACCCAAGAUGCUGGUGGAUCUUUUAGCUGAGGAGAAAUCAAUUCCAACAGUUGGCUGUGCUCUGCAGUUCUUCACCCUCUGUGCCUUUGUAGAUUCUGAGUAUCUACUGCUGGCAGUGAUGGCCUAUGAUAGGUACCAGGCCAUCAAUAAUCCAUUGCUCUAUACAGUGAACAUGUCCAGCAGACUGUGCUCCCUCAUGAUGGCUGGGGUUUACCUGGUGGGAACAGCAGAUGCUUUGAUACAUACAACGCUGGCCUUCAGUUUGUGUUUCUGCAGGUCUAAUGAGAUCAACCACUUUUUCUGUGAUGUUCCUACUCUUCUAUUAAGAUCUUGCUCGGAUACAGAGGCGAAUGAGUUAGCUAUAUUCACAAUUUUUGGUUUUAUUGAACUAAGCACAAUUUCUGGACUUCUUGUCUCUUACUGUUACAUCAUCUCAUCAGUCUUGAAGAUCAGCUCAGAUGAGGGCAGGUUCAAAGCUUUCUCCACCUGUGCCUCCCACUUAACAGCAGUUGCAAUUUUUCAGGGAACUCUGCUCUUUAUGUAUUUCUGGCCAAGUUCUUCUUACUCUCUAGAUGAAGACAAAAUGACCUCAUUGUUCUACACCCUGGUAAUUCCAAUGUUGAAUCCUCUGAUUUACAGCCUGAGGAACAAGGAUGUGAAAGAGGCUCUUGAAAAGUUGAAGACUAAAAGGUGA